GUGUGUGUGUGUGUGUGUGUGUGUGUGUGUGUGGUGCUGUAGCUCAAUUGGUUAGAGGGUGAACAUCUGGGAUCUUGGAGGGUUGCAGGUUCAAGCCACAGUGAUGGCGAGCUAUGGCAUAAUUUCCUUAAGCAAGAAACUUACACACAAUUGCUUCUCUCGACUCAGCAGUAUAAAUGAGUACUUGGUCAUUGACUGGGGUGGACAUGACCGCUGGCUUGGCAGUAACAUCAUGCGGCAGACGGGUACUUGUGGGCUUUGGUGUCCAGUCCCAGAGCUGCGCAAUUGUCUUUGACACCUGGAUGACUCCUGCCAAGCUCCAGGUGGAUUGUAGCACUGACCCUAAGCCUUCACGUAGUGCAUGGAGGCCCUGUCUCUAGAGGCAGGGGAGCUAUCUCUGCAACUGACCUUAAGGUUGACGUUGAAUAACGUGGAGGGCUUGACAUUUGUCCAUUUGUUUAUUUUUAUUUGUGUUCCUGUAAAAUGCAGAAGGCUUUGUACACAGUGGUUGUUGAUGGUGGCUCUAUUGAGAUUGUUGAUAACUUUGUCUACCUCGGUAGCUGCAUUGCAGCAGACAGUGACUUACAAGAAGAAUCGUCACUCUGCAUUGCCAAAACUUGUAAAGCCUUGGAUGCCUACGUCAGCCAAUCUUGAAGAACAAACAUUUCCCAAUAGCUACAAAAAGAACUGUUUCUCAAGCUGUCAUUCUACCCACUUUGUUAUAUACGGAGCAGCGACAUGGACAGCCAAGUCUAACAACAUCAGACGUCUAGAUUCAUUUCAUAAUCGAUGUAUUCGGACCAUUCUCAGUGUCAACAGACAUCAACAAUGGCAGGAGCAUAUUACAUAAAGGAUGGAGUGAUGCAGUGUCAAAUGACUUGAAAACCAUGAAUGUGUUGGAGGCAUGAGGGCGGGGUAAAGGUCUGGCUACGCGAGACUAGGACUGUCUAUACUAUAACAUAGUGGAUUAGAGUACAAGUCACUGCUGUUGCACUUUUGUGUACAAGAAGUCGUAGAAUUAUUAUUGUUUGAUCAUGUAUGCAGUGAUGUUCUGUACAUGGCUGCAUGUGUUUCUGGUGAGACACGGCCUGCAGUGAGUUAAUAAGUUUUGCACACAUUAGCAUAUUUGCAGUGGUGGGUGACAAUGUGAGAGAUCAAUGCAAAUAGGGUGUUGUAGAAAAUGAUGUGCUGAUUAUGAAAAUGACAAUAUGAACUUGUAGGCAGGAAAUGAGAAAGGGGAGGGGCUGGAUAUGAAAACAUAUUGAGACUAGAUUGUAUACCCGCCCCGGAUGUGAAGGUGUGUGAGGAGGAGUAUAUAAGAGCAAGCUCACCAGCUCACUUCAUCAGUAUCGAGGAUAUCGGUCAUCAUCAUGUUUUCAUUUUUUGUGACAGUUCUUGUGCUCAUUCAAGUCAUUGCUACUUGUGGUGGUCAAAGUGUGUCAGAUGAGAAAAAUCAGCAGAUAUGCCUGCCUGCUGGUGUUCGGGGACUACGUGGAUACGAUGGAAUGAAGGGAGAAGAAGGAAGGAAAGGAGGGAAAGGAAUAAAGGGAGAGAGAGGAUUAGUUGGAGAUGUCGGUGGUAAAGGUAAUGCUGGAGAAAGAGGUCCACAAGGUCCACAAGGUCCACGAGGGAUGAAAGGAGAAACAGGACGGAAAGGAGAGAAAGGAGAAGCUAUGGCACUCAACUGGAAACAGUGUGUGUGGAAUAGAGAGGAUCAUAAGGACAGCGGUCUGAUUCAGAACUGUAAUUUUAGGAAACAUGACAGCAAUUCAGCUUUACAUGUUGCAUAUGCAGGAAAUCUCAGGGUUUACUGCUCCAGUGGUCUUUGCUGUUCUCGAUGGUAUUUUACAUUCAACGGUAACGAGUGCAGUGGACCUAUGACUAUUGAGGGAAUUGUGUAUGGUAAUCCGGCUAAUGAUAAUCCUCAUCGUCACACACAGAUUGAGGGAUACUGUGAGAACAUUCCAGCAGGUCAAGUCACAAUUGGAUUCUACAUUGGAAAGUGUGGGAGAUAUUCGACAUAUGAUGGCAAUACAGGAUGGAAUUCAGUAUCUCGCAUUAUGAUUGCAGAAGUUCCUCCAUCACAAAAGUGACUGAAUUAAAGAGAAAUUAGAACUUGUGUUCAGUAUAGUUUGCAGUACGUACAGUACGAGGUAGCUGAAGUAGGAGGCUGGAUGGUGCGCGUGCAUGUCUCUCUUUGCCAUAUGUGAGUGUUUGUAUGAUUAAUUCAAUGUGUAGCUGCAACUAACAAUCGAUAUCGUCCGUCAAAGUUACAGAACAAACGGCUGCCCAGAGACC